GUCUGUAUGAACUAGGCUUAAUCUGACAGCUAUCAGACUGUUCCUUUUGUCUUGUUGCAAAUUGCAAACACUACACCAGGCGAAUUAUAGCAAAUUCAAAUGUUGCGUGAAUUUUGGAUAUCCUUAAUUUAAUAAUAGGACAAAAUUUCCAUUUUCGAUACCUGUUGUUACAAACCGACAAAGCUCGGUAUUCUGUAAUUUUGGAUGCUGAAACCGAGCAUAUAAAUUUGAGGUACUUAGAACGUUAAUCGCUUGGUUCUCGAUUACUAUUAUAUGGAACGCCAGAAAACAUGUCUGACGAGGAAGUCAAGACCACCAAGAAGGCACGCAAGGCAGCAACAGAAUCGCCUUCCAAGCGAACAAAGAAGGCUGUCAAGGCUGAAAACGGGGAUGUCUCAGGAGAAGAUGAGGCACCACCAGCGAAGAGGGGCAGAGGCAGGCCACCAAAGGGUAAGGGAAAGACCAAGGCUGAGAAGAAAACCAAAACAACUGGAGGAACAGGCAAACGUGGAAGGCCAAAAAAGAAGUCGGCAAAGGACGAGUCUUCUGCUGAAGAAAAUGGCGAUAAAAGCAGCGAAGAAGAAGGCGACGACUAAGUUUAUAAUUUCUUAAGCAUUUCCUGUCUUUUGUGUGAAUGUAUAUUUAUGUUUUAAUUUGUAACUUGAAUACAAGACUGUUUCGCAUUUCUAGCUUUUCAUAAUUUGUCAUAUUUUGGAGAAAAUUUCGUAAAAUGUAAAUACGCCUUUAAGUUCCAAAUAAAUUUUCUAUCUUUCA